AUGCGUGCGGCCGCGGAAAGUGCCUCUCAUGCCUCAGCAGCAGGCGAUUCGCCGCCUCUUGUCGUGAAUACUCCACGUAGUGAGUCACCACAAGCGACAAGUACAUCCUUUGCGCCUGCAGCGGGUACCUCGGGUCGUAAUCAAGACGAGUCUGAGAUAGAGCCCAUCUAUUCUGGCGAGUCGGAUGAUGCGUCCGACUCGAAGGAGACACCUCACGCCUCCGGAUCACCCAGGGCGGACACUGCAAGAGCCAGGUUGACUGGCUCUGGUCAACGUGGCGGCAUCAUGUCCGAGAUCUUCGGAUCGAGCGAUUAUUCCGACAAAUCUCCGCCUCACGCAAGAUCAUCCAACGGUAGAACGCAUGGGAAUGGUGGUGAUGCACCUAAACAUCAUCACGAGCGAAGUAACUUAAGGAAUCGGGGUGUCACUAGUGUCAGUGCUCACGCUGGCAACAAUCAAGAGGCCAAGGAACGAAAUGUCCUGCGCCACGCUCCCCAAGUAGAGUCUCCAUGGAUGUUGCCAUCCAGAGAGUUGGACCGGUUGGCCGGCACGACUACCGAACGGGAUCGAAUCCCGUUGUUAGAUUGCAGGAAGAUUUGUCCACCUGAUUUCAGCACGGAAACUAUCAGUGCUGAGGAAGAGUUCUUCAUCGAUGCGUUUUUCAAACAUCGGUGGUACAAUGGUAGCCGUGUUCGGGACGGCAAAGCCUUGUUGCAGGGAUGGAAUGCCCUCAUCCACAACAUCGAGUGCAUUGGCCGUGAGGCUUGGCUCGCAUCAGGUUUGAGAAACGCAACCCAGUCGGGGCGCAGUACAAGUCGCACCGGCUUUCAAUAG